GCUGCAUGUUUUAAGGUUUGACAUUAAAUAUUUAAACAAAAAAUGGAGUGUUUUUUUUUUUAUUAUGAAGAUGACAACGAAAUAGAGAUCUAUUCGGACUUAACAGCGAAGCAAUCUACUACAACAACAACACAAAUUAACGCAGUGACAGUCAGAUGUAGGAAGUAUUAAGGAGGGGGCAAUCAGUCUGUGGCAGUGAGGUGUUAGGGACAAGGUUCACAGGUAAUACAGAUAGAGCUUACUGUCCCUGGUUGUAAUUUCUCAUCAUGGAGGACGUCCUUAAAGUUGUCAAAAAUAAAUCACAAGAUUUCGAGCCGUUGGUUGUUUUGGAGUUUGCUGUGAAUACAAAACAGGCGGCAGUAGAAUGGAUGAUCGCUAAACUACAGGCCUCCAGUGAGGACAAUGGUGCUGAUCUGUGUGUAACAGCAAUGGUGAUGCAGCAUAACCAGGAGACAGUGUUGUUUAUUGGGGCAAAGACAGAUAGGCUGUUACUCGGGGCAGAAAUGAUGGACAUGAUGAAGGUAUACAAGGAUGGUAACCACAGAGAGUUCACUGUUAGAGAUCUUGCUAAUUUCAGGGGUGGAGACAAUGCUGACAAUUUUCUUACAAUGGCUGAGAAGCAGAAGAUAAUAUUUCGAGAAUUAGAGAAUAUCCGGGCAACAGAGGAUGAUGAACAUGUACCAGGAUAUGAGUUUAUCAAGCUGUAUGCCGGACGCACCAUUGUGAAAAAAAUGCUGAGUCAGGAUUUAAUCAAGAAUUUGUUCCCAAUUCAUGACAAGGAGUUUCUGAAAAAACUAGGAGCUGAGUGGUAUGGUAAACCUUUUGCCCAGCAGCCUAUUGAUAAAAUUCAGAACUAUUUUGGAGAGAAAAUAGCCCUGUACUUUGCCUUUCUUGGAUUCUACACAAUAGCUCUUAUACCUCCGGCAGUCAUCGGCAUCAUAUACUGGAUAACUUCCUGGCAGAAUCUCUACAGGGAGGCCAUCUUUGCCGUGUUCAAUCUUGUCUGGGCUACGUUAUUUCUUGAAGCUUGGAAACGUUAUUGUGCGGAACUUGCGUUUAAAUGGGGUUGUAUGGACUUUGUUUCAUCAAGAUUUGAAGAACCUCGAGCAAAUUAUCAUGGUCGGAUGGGAAAGAAUCCUGUCACUGGGAAGCCAGAACCUGUUUUUCCAAAAUCUCAGAGAGUACUAAGGUUUUAUGGAGUGACGGUUCCUGUCCUGUGUUUGUGUCUUACGGUAGCAUUUUAUGCUAUGUUAGGAUACUUCUGGUUCCAGGCUGUCGUAGAUAAAUGGUAUCUAGAGGAUAAAGGAUGGUUGAAUCUCCUAAAUACUUUUAUGCCAACGGUUGUUUAUGCCAUCGUUAUUGCAAUACUGAAUGCUAUAUACAGGAAAAUUGCUACACUGCUUAAUGAAUUUGAAAACCACAGGUUGCAGACAUCAUAUGACAACCAUAUCAUAUUGAAAUUGAUCUUGUUUGAGUUUAUUAACUGCUUCAUCUCACUGUUCUACGUUGCCUUCUAUCUCCAAGACAUGAAACUGCUGAAAAGUCAUCUUGCCGCCCUCCUUAUUACCACCCAGAUAGUGGGUCAGAUUCAGGAAUCCAUUUUGCCAUUCUUGCUACACAGUCGCCGAGCCAAGAAGCUCGAUACAGCAAUGAAGAAGUUUGAUGAAGUACAAAAAGUGGAGUUCAGUAACGGAGAAAUAGGCGAGGACCUCCAGAAACAGACCAGUGUUGAAAGUACAAUGGAUGUGUAUGAGGGAACUCUAAACGACUACCUGGAGAUGUUUCUGCAGUUUGGUUAUGUGUUUUUGUUCUCGUCUGUGUUCCCGCUGGCCGCAGUGUGGGCCUUACUGAACAACGUAACAGAGAUUAGAUCUGAUGCAUUUAAGAUGUGCCGUGUGUUCCAACGACCUUUCUCAGAAUCUGCAUCAAAUAUUGGUGCCUGGCAGGCAGCAUUUGAAGUGAUCAGUGUGAUGGCUGUGAUGACAAACUGUGCGCUGAUUGGUAUGAACCCAGAGGUACAGAAACUGCUACCAACCAACAUUACACCUGUCAAUAUAGUCCUCAUCUUUGUCAUUGUUGAGCAUGUCCUGCUGGCUUUGAAGAUAGCAGUGGCUUACUUCAUACCUGAUGUUCCCAAGUGGGUUGAUGUCGAGCUGUCUAGAAUUGCUUACCAGUCGAAAUUAGCUCUUCAAAAAGAGAGAAAUAACCAUUUAUGAUGUACAAAUACAGAGGUCCCAGGCAGCAAAGAAAGUUAAUUAAGCCCUUGUGAAAUUGAAGAAUGUUUAAACUGGAAAGUUUAAAUGAAAUUGAAGACAUUUGAUAAGUGAACAAAGAAAGUAGAAGAUAUAUGUAGACUGACAUGAACAAAAAUAGGAGGGAAUACACAAGUUCAAAUUGAUAAGUUGAGUGACAUCAAAGAUGGAAAAUAUUUGUUGAUAAUUUGACAAUAAGUUUACUUGGAAAGUUCUGUAGAAAAAUGGUGUUGAGCAUGCUAAAUUUACUUUGUUUGAAUACUACAGCAGCAUGGUAUAUCUAUAAGCCUUUAAUAGACCUUUCUAACGUAAACGUAAUUACGAAACGGAAUACUGAAUCCAUAAAAUUUUAGGCUAAUUUGUGGUCUAAGGGAGACAAUUUCAUCCAAUAGUAAUGCAAAAGUAUCUCCCUUACACCAUUAUUUGCAAAUAACAUUUACGGAUUCAGUAAUCCGUUUCCGAUUUACGUUUAUGUUAGAAAUGUCUAUUGCCAGCUAUGUAGUUAUUGAAAGUAGCAGAUUUACCAUAGUUAAAAUAUACCGUGUUAGAUAUUAUGUUAGACUUAAAAAUAAUUGAUUCGUUUCUCAAAAUAUUUCAUAAGUGCCUUUAUACAGAAAACUGGUAUAAACCGGACUACGUUUUCUAGUUCUGUUCAAAGAGGAAACAUAAGUUAGCUGUUUUUGGUCCAGGUUUUACAGAGAUCAUUGUUUUUAAAUGAAACAAGGUUGUAUUUUGUUGUAUUUAGUCACCAUCAAGGUUGUGCUACAAAAAGUAAAGGAUUUUUCUGCACUCUUCUGUAGUAUAAAUACAGUAUUUUUAUUUGGUACCAAAUCACACUUGUUGAGAUUAAAACUGUUAUUUUUCAAAGUGGAAAGAGUAAUUAUGAGCAUAUGAACAAUGUCGAGGUUGAGUUUAUUUAACCCUUAGCCUGCUGGCGGUGAUUGGUUUUGCCUUUGCAACCAGUGCAGACCAAGAUCGGCCUGCACAUCCGUCCAGGCUGAUCAUGGUCUGCACUGUUCGCUAUUCAGUUAGUAAAUUUUCAGUGAACACCCCUUCAAAUAAUAAAUGGUAUUGCCCAAACUGAAUGAUGGAACAGUCCAUUUUAGAAAUUUAGCAAGCUAAGGGUUAAUUUUCUGCUUUACAUCAAUCUAUGGUACUAGAAAAUUAUCUUUCAGGUUAGUCUAUGCCUAAGUUGUUCAAAUAUUUUAUUUCUUUUUUGCAUAUCAUAAGUCUGUGUUAGAAUAUGUUUUAGAUAAAGUUUUGCAUUUAUUAUUUUGUAGUGCAAUAUAUAUACAUAUUAUGUUAACUUUUGUUCUACAUAUCUUACGAUACAGGUAAUAUAAAACCAGCAUUUAUUAUUUGUUUUCUCCCUAGAUAUAUUAUCAAAAGAAAAAAAAAAUUUAAAAUGUUAAUUGUGGCAAAUAACUCUUUGAAGUAAUGGAUCAUUUACUUAUUUAAAUGUAGGAUUUGCAAAAUAUAUCACAAGGUUUUCCAUCAGUUACCUUAUAUUCGCUUACUUUGUAAAAGCUUUAUUGUUGAAUAUAUAGUGAAACACUGUCCGCUUGAAUUGGCAUGGGGAUGAGCAAAAGUGAGCUAUCUGAGGAUUCAAGUUAUCCAUGGAAAAAAAAAGAAGAGAAAAUAACAAUGAAAAACUGCUGGGAACUACAUGAAUUGUUCGUAUCAGCCCUUGUGUUUGAGCCAUUUAUGCUCAAGCGGUUUCAUUUUAUAGUUGUACCAUGACUUUGGCUUCAAAUGUUUUUUGUUUAAGAAAAAUGCUGCCAGAUACGCUUUUGUUACAGGUUGUUAUGAUUUACUAUCAACAUGAGAAAAUCAGCUCUGCUUUAUUUAUACAAGACAAACACAGUGAAUGUUACUGUACAAUAUUAUUGCUUUUUAUUUCUUAUACAGUUGAAACUCCGUAUCUCAAACUUGCUAAUCUCAAAAUUCAGUCUAUUUCGAGUCUUAUCCCGAAAACAAAUGCAAAAAAAUAUCAUUUUAAGUCGUACUUUUGGUUGUCUCAAAGUAAAACCCUCGGUCCCUUGGAAUUCAAGAUACAGAGUCUCAGCUGUAUUUUGCUACUUCUAGUUACUUUAAACUGUUAAUAUUCAUGAAUUGAAAUUAAUUCUCCAGAUUUACCUGCUGUAUGUUUGAACUGAGAUUGUGCACAAUUUGGCUUCUUUUAAUGUAUGAGAAAGUGUGUAUGUACACAGAAGUCGAUACUGAUACAAAUGGUGAAGAAUCAGGACAGUAUAUUGAUACCUAAUGGAUAUUUUUUUUUUGUGAAUACAGAAUGUACCUCACUUAGAAGUGAGACCAGCUAAUUUUAUGAACACUAUAGGUUAUUUCAGGGUUGUACAUGUUAGAUAUUAAUUUUCAUAGAGCUGUGAUUACUUCUGUUGUUGUUAAAUUUUAUGCAUUUAGUUAGAAUUUAAGGUACUACCUGGUUGUUUAACACUGCAUGUUUGAUAAACCUGAGAAGUAAUGGCAUACUGUCAUUUAUCAGGAAAUUCUAGAAAAAAAGCCCAGACUUGGCAUACCUAAAUAAAAAUCAUUUCAUGAAUUAAAGUCCAUCCAUGAGUGAAUUUAUUAAAACAGCAACGUUACUAUCUAUCUAAAGAUAAAAUAUGAUAUUAAAAACUUUGACAUGUUAAUAUCUUAAAAUUAGCUUCAAAUGACUGUGGAUCUUUUUAAUUGGGCCAUGUUCACUGAGAUUUAAUUUUGUUGAUUGAUGAACCACAUAAUACACAAAAAUCUGUCAUGAAUAUUAAUGAUUUUGAAGUUCUAGUAAAAAUUAAAAUGUUUACGGCUUUAAAAUCUGUAGUUUCAUUGAAGUGCAAACCUUUUGUGGGUGGUAUGGGCUGGAGAAUAUUAUGCAAUUCUUAUUGUGCUGUAUAAUGGGAAGCAAUGUUACUUUUUUUAGAAUCCCAGACUUUGUUUUUGUAUUGGUCGUGAACUGUUAAAAGUACUAACCAUAGAAUAUAUUUAAUUUUACCAUACCAAGAAAAUACAUUAUCAUAUUAACAAAUAACUGUUAUAGUACUGAUAUUUUUUAAUUUUUGUAAAGAUCUUCAAUUUUAUAAUUUUGUUGUGAAGUUAAUUUUUACUGUUAAAUAUACACUAUAGUAAUAUGUAGGUACUUUUGUAUCCCUAUGUAAAACUCAGUUGAUUGAAAUAUAUGCAUACUCAAAAUA